GAGCUGCUAAGUAACGAUUUUCUGCGGGACUGCUGAUAUUAACGCGAAUGAAAACGUCGUUGUAGUUGCAGAUAGGCUAACCGAAAACUGCUGGCACAGCUGGACGGGAAGUGGCUGACACUUUGUACUUCGUUUUUUACUCUUACUUUCUUUCUUUUUCGUCGAGUUUGGCUGACGGAGUCUCCGGCAUGGACUCGCUGUGGCUUCCCUGCGUCGUAGUGAGCGCCUGCGUUUGGCUGUCCUCAGCCGAGAGACACAGCGUUUUCUGGAAUAGCUCAAAUCCAAAGUUCCAGUGGAACGAUUAUGCUGUGGAGGUGCACCUGAAUGAUUAUCUGGACAUUGUGUGUCCACACUACCCACUAGGUGAAGUGCUGUCGCAAGAUGCAGAGCGUUAUGUGCUGUACAUGGUAGAGCGCGAGGAUUACGAGGCCUGCCGCCCACAGUCCUAUGACCAGAUGCGCUGGGAGUGUGGCCACCCCUUUGCUCCACAUGCGCCUGAGAAAUUCUCAGAGAAGUUCCAGCGAUUCACACCUUUCACCCUGGGCAAAGAGUUCCGCCAGGGAGAGAGCUACUACUACAUCUCUAAACCACUGCACCACCAUGGACAGGAGUGUCUGAGGCUGAGGGUGGACGUGGUCGCUAAUGAUGGAUCCCAAGAGGCUAGGGUUGGACCAGGUAAAGGAACCAAGACUGGAAGUGGAGGAGGAGCUCAUACUACCUCCAACAGGUUACCAGCAGAUGAUCCAGUAGUCCUGCCUGAGGUCCAGAAAAGUGUGCGAACAAACUCAGCAGUCACAACAGCGUCCUUGACCAUUCUCACAACACUGCUGCCUGUAUUAUUAUUGCUGGUCUUGCAGUAAGAACCUUAAAAGGACUGCACAUCCCAACAGACUUGUCUCUAAGACUACAACGACGGUGGCCUGUGUCGACCAAAAACACACAGGAGGAGUUCUCAAAGCCCAGUGCUGGCCACUGGAGAAAGGAAAACGGAAGCACUCCAAAGCUAUUCAGCCUAAUCUGAGAAGGUUUACUGGAUCUAAGAGGGCUUUUUUAACCCUCUUACCUUUCUACAAUCCUGGGGGGAAGGUUUUUUUUUUGUUGUUUUUGUCUGGAAGGAUGCUUUUCGUGAAGGAAAAAAAAAAAACUUUCUCAGACAUUACCCAAGUGUAACUUUUGGAUGAACUCAUAUCUUUGUGCUCAGUUCUUGGAGGAGCAGUGAGCUGAGGAACAGCAGAGGUGUUCUGGAGUUUGAUCCAAACAGAGACAACUUUUGUGUAGUAGAUACUAGGUCGAUGAUCUCAUGAGCCAAAGACCACUGAGCUUCUCGCUAAAGUGUACAAUGAUCAAACCUUUUGUUAUUGUCUAUUGUGUUAUUCCAGUGGGAUUUUUCAUGUAGCAACAGAGAAGCAGGGUCUGUUUUUUCUGUUUUUGUAAUAUUUUCAGAUCAACUGGACUGGAGUGUUGAUUACAGGCACUAAAUCAAUUGCCACCUGACACACUGCAGACACACACAAUCUAGCACACUCCACUCACCGAUUCAUCCCGUCUCACUUUUGUACAUGUUUUGUUCAAAACGUUAAUAAGUUAUGAAGUGUAUUGUGUAACAAGUUGCUGUAUAUAAUGAACAAAAGAUGAAAAAUGUUUACUGUGUGAAACAGAAGGAGGAAGAAAGGAGUGAAUGAGUAAUGAGUAAGAAUGCAUUCUCCUGAGCGAGUGAACGAGCGUGUGUAUGUGCGAGAAGGAGAGAAAGAGGGAAAAGGAAGAAUUCAUGUUAAUCAGCCAAACAGACACACUAUUCCCAGAUUGUACAUUAGGAAGGAACAGCGGUCGUUAUUCUUGCAGGGCCAGGCGUAAUCUGAUAAAGAGAACGUAUGGGGACGACUUGAGAAAUUUUGGGCUAAAUGUAGGUGGGAAUGUAGGCUUAUUAGGAUGGGGACAAACUGAGUGUGAAAUUUUGAAACCAUUCCAACAUUUCAUAAAGGCGGAGCAUCAAAGCAAAGAACGAUGGUGUGCAAGUUGAGCAUAGCCAGCUUGUUUUGCUUGUGUACUCCAGAGUAGGGACUAGAGGAGUUUGGGGUGGUUUUUAGAGCGUACUUGAGCCUAAAAUAUUAAUCCAAAAUGUCCAAAAACAGUCCAGCGCAGCCCAACACACAAUCGCAUUUUGAGUUGAACAAGAAACCGACCCAAACUGGCCCAUCAUCACCCAAAAAUCUGUUUCUAAUGAUAAUCCUGGUUAAAUUACAUUGUAGUGACAACAGCAGCCGUCUAUGAAUUCAUUCAUCAAGCUGUGCUUUUGAGCUUGCCAUAAAGCGCAGUUCUCACAUUGUGCUGUUUAUAGGUCUCACUUGUUUACUCCUAAAACUCUUUACAUACAACAUCUUGUGUAUAACAUAUAACACAGUUUCUUUACAAACGAAACAUCCUUUUAGCUACAUAGUAGCUUUCUGAAGUGAUUCACUGUUUAUUCCUCAUUUUUCUCAAAAGUCUGGCUCGCUCAAUUCUAUCAGCAACGAAAGUGGCUGACUCCAGCACACCAGAUUAAAAACAGUUGUGAAGUAAUGUAAGUAGGAAAGAAGAAAUCAGUAAGCAGUACAGUUAAAGCUGGGGGUGAGAUGCAGGCCCAAACAUGAAAUUUGACCCAACCUGAGCCCAACAUAUUUUCAGAAAAUGAUAUGAGCAGUCGGGACCCAAUGGAUUUGGACAAACAUACUCAUAGUUGUAGUGGCGAAAUCGCAAUCCAGCCCCGAAAGUUAUCAAGCUGUCCGCAGGCAUGUUUGCUCAUUCCGAGAUCACGUCUGGCCCUGUGAGGCUGGUGGUAGGCUGGCCUGCCAAGUUUGGCUAACAUUUAAAGUGAACCAAAACAUACUUCUUCUGUCUUUGAACAGUUUUAAUAGAACCAAACUACUAACUUGCAGUCUACACAUGUAUUUGCAUAGCAUAAACAUGCCAAUAGACAAACAAUUCAAGUACAACACUUAGAUAAAUAAGUACAUAUACACAAAUCACACACACACCCACUGCUCUACUACAAAACAAAACCACUACACACUCAAACUGACAACACAGCAUCCAGUGUAGCUGUUGUAGCAAAGUUCUGAACGAUUGUUUGUACGACUGACCGCAGGUGUACAUGACUAACAGUGAGUUGUUCCCAUCGUUUUUUUCCUCAGAUCUUACCUGUAUUUUGUACGUAUUAUGUAAAGUGUAUAUUAUGUAUAUAUAGAGGAUUAUAUAAGAAAAGAGAAAUGUUUGAUAAAAAAAAAAAGUUAAUGUGAAAUUCUUAUGUGAAAAAAA